CACUUUGACCUCCAAAGUUUCUUACAAACUCUCUCUUGCUCUCAAACGUGUAUAUAUAGGUUCAAAUAUCUACCUUUGUUUUCUCAUCUCUUUUAAAAAAUAUAUAUAUAUAUACACAUUAUAUAGUUUUCCGGUUUUGGCCAAACUCUGAUAUUGAAAGUGCAACUAUAUACAUACCAAGAAGAGAAAAGAUGCCUGGUGAGAUAGAGAAUUCUGAGAUUGUUAGAGACCCUCGUCCGGUGGUUAGGAAAUUUUUGGCUAGGCAACAACAAGAAGGGUUAGGUGCCAUUGUUAGAAGGAGUAUUGGCAGGUUUGAGCUCAAAUACUUUGAUCCUUUCCUUGCUUUGGAUGAAUUCUCAGUUACUGCUCCAGCUGGGUUUCCUGAUCAUCCACAUAGAGGGUUUGAGACAGUGACCUACAUGUUACAGGGAGCUGUGACACAUGAGGAUUUUGAAGGGCACAAAGGGACAAUACAGGCUGGUGAUCUUCAAUGGAUGACGGCAGGAAGAGGAAUUGUUCACUCUGAAAUGCCUGCAGCUCAGGGCACCCAAAAGGGUCUACAAUUAUGGAUCAACCUCUCCUCCAAAAACAAAAUGAUAGAACCAAGGUAUCAAGAAAUGUUGAGCAAGGACAUAGCAGAAGUAGAAAAAGAUGGAAUAAAGGUAAGAGUGAUAGCAGGGGAUGCCUUAGGAACCAAGUCACCCGUCUACACAAGAACACCAACCAUGUACUUAGACUUCACUCUUAAGCCAGGAGCACACCUUCAACAACCAAUACCAGUGUCAUGGAAUUCAUUUGUGUAUGUCUUAGAAGGCGAAGGAAUCUUUGGUGGCGGCGACGGUGGUGGUGCCUCGAAGCUCUCGUCGGUGACAGCUCACCAUCUUCUUCUCCUAGGAUCUGGAGAUGGAUUGGAGGCAUGGAACAAGUCAUCAAAACCUCUUAGAUUCAUCUUAGUUGGAGGUGAGCCAUUAGGUGAGCCUCUAGCUCAAUUGGGCCCAUUUGUGAUGAACACUCAAGAAGAAAUUAACCAAACAAUUGAUGAUUUUGAUAACUAUACCAAUGGAUUUGAGAAAGCAAAACAUUGGAGAUCUGAAGCUGCUAUUGCUCUUGGAUUUUAGCUCUUUAAUCUGUUACCCUUUCAGAAAAAAAUUUCUUAUUUUCAUUAUUAUUAUUAUUAUUAUUAUUUUUGUUUUGAGGACCAAAAUUUAUUAUUAUUCAUCAAUCAAAUUUUGUACAUUAGCUAGAUAUAUAUUAUAUGAAUAACGAACAUGACAAUUUCCCCUUCUUUUUAAUGAAGCAUGACGUGUGUA